AUGUCUAUCCGGGUGACAGGAGAAGAGCUCUUGAGAUGGGCCUCGAUUCUCUGCAACCGCAGGUCACUAUGGCAGAAGUGUGGUCCUCGCAUUCUGACAUCAGUCAGAGACAGUUCGUCCUCUUAUUUGCAAUCACCACACAUUUUGAGCACAAAGCAGAGAAGGAGCCCAUUGGCUGGGCAUCCUGUCCCUGUGGUCAGAUACUUUUCAGAAGGUAGGAUUUCCAAAGUGGGGCCAGAAGAGACUGAGCAUCUUUCAACGGAACCAGAGAGUUUAUCCUCCACCACUGAUUACCAAUCCACAGAUACUCUGUUCGAGCAGAAAUCAAAGAGAAAAACUUUCUCCAAACAGUUAAUGGAGUGUGGCUCCCCCACAGAUGUACUGGACUUGCAUGUUCAGUACUCAGCCCCUCAUCAGUGGAUCAGUCACUGCCUGACCUCCAUGUGGAGCACCACUAAGAAGAUGUCAGAUGAGCAGCAGCGCUAUGAGCUGCAGCUGAUGUUUGAGCACCCUCACUUUGACAAGCUGCUACAAAUGGCCAUGAAGAGUGCUGGGCAUAUGCGUAGUGAGGACCAGGCCUUCUCUUUAAUGGCCAUUACGAAACUGGGUGUGCCCCAGCAAAGUCGUGUGGUCCAGACCUUUCUCCGAGCCUGCCAGGAGCACCUGAAUGAAUUUGAUGAGAAGAGUUUGUCAGUGUUGGCCUCUUCUCUGGAGCAAAUGGACAACAGUCUGAACGUCAAUGCGUUGAAGGAGGGCAUGAGGCUGGUUUUUGAAGCUCGCCUCCCAAGAAUCAAAAACGUAUUGACUCUGCAGACCAUAAUGCGUCUGCUGGGAAAAGAUGCUCCUCUGGGCCUUAAAAAGAAAGUAGAGAAAAAGGCUUUAUCUAUGUCUCAGCAGUUCAGCCUCCCCAACUGCCAGUAUAUGAUCUCCACUAUGGUUACGAUGGACUACUGCUCCAAACCACUGCUGAACAUCUGCAUCAAGACGAUCACAGAGAAUCUCCACACAAUCCCAUUUAAGAGAAUGUUAACUGUUCUGAAGUCCUGCAAGGCGCUGCAGUACAGAGACCUUACCCUGUUCAAUGGCAUUUCUGACUACAUUGCCUCCACGAUGGAUAUGUGGAGUAAUAAGCAGGUAAUCCUCUGCCUGGCUGUAUUUGAAGAAUUGGCCUUCUGUCCCUCAGCCUUGAUGGAAGCCUUUGCUGAGAGGUUGAUGGCAAGCCCUGAUGCUCUGACACUGCGAGAUCUCCUGAGCAUGCUCAAAAUCUACGCCUCUCUCAACUAUGACCUACGCCACUUCAGGCAACAGUUCCUGGACAGUUUGACCCGGGUUCUGGAGUCCUAUCUGUCUAAGAUGUCUGCCCCGGAGGUGCUAAAGGCCGUUUACUGGCUGUGCUUGUUGGGCCACUUCCCGUCAGCACCGCUGGAACACCUUCUACAGAGCAAUACACUGGAUGAGCUCGGCACUACAGGGUCCAGGCAGGAGAGAAUGUUUAAGAUAGUGGACCUGUGUCUUCGUCUGGACCGUCCUCCCCUACCCCAGCCCCUGACUGUUCCCCCGUCUGUCCUGGGAGCCCCCAGAUCUACUGAUCGGCCGGUCAACCCUGGAUUCUCCAUCUGCCUGCGGGAUGCAUUGGGCGAAGCAGAGAGAGAGUCCCUACAGGAAAUGGUUAUAGUGGAAAACUUUCACAUCGUAGACGGUGUGAUAACCAAACCCUUGCCGUUGGCUGAAGGAAAGUGUGUGAAGGAAGCGGACUCUCCUCCAGCAGAGAGCAGUCAAAGAAUUGCGGUCAUCUGUGCACCCCAUUCCGCUUUCUGUUAUGGCACGUCCCAUCCCCGAGGCUACCUGUCUGUAAAGCUUCGCCAUUUGAAGGUCCUGGGAUAUACUCCACUUGUGAUCACAGAGCAGGACUUGAAGUCUUUGUCCAAUGAGCAGAGGGCGGAGGUCCUCAGGGCGCGGAUCUUUCCGGAAAACGAGGGGGCGGACACUGAACAGAAAGCGGAGUGACGGGCAUCUCGAGUCGAGGGGUCGUGACGUGAACCCCCCCUUGGGUGAUCCAUACUCGAUCUGGCCGUCUCCGCCUGUGCAGCGAUCAGUAACGUGUACACCAUAUCAUGCAUAAGCGCCGAUGAAAAGGUGCACGCUGUUCAGUGGCUUCAUAAAUGUAAACAAUCUGAGAAAAACGACCCUGACAUCAAACGCACGGAAUUUCAAUUACAUUACAUUAUGAAAGCCUGUUGUGACUCUCCUGUUAUUUAGUUUAUGAAUAAACUACU